AUGAGGCCUUUCCACGGCGACGUCGCUGGCCUGACGUCGCUCCGUCUCCGUCGGCUCCUGUGCUUCCUCAGGCGCUGGAAUCUCUCCGACACCGCACACGCGUACGUCUCUCUGAAUCUCUUGUUCGCUGCCGGCGGAGACACCAAUUGCAACGAUGCGUGCAUGAUCCAAGGCGGAUUUUCUCGUGCAUUGCAGGCUGGAGCAGGAGACGGGCGUGUCCUUCAUGCCGGAGUACCUGCGGCUGCUGCUGGCCCAGGACAAGUGGGCGGAAGCCAAGCCGAGGCGUACGUGGCGGGCCUCGUCGACCUGGAGGACUGCAGCCGGCUGGCCAGCCUCGUCCUCUCACGCAUCCGCGUCUUCGGCGUCAUGUCCAAGUUCGCCGUCGGGGAGGCCAGCACCGUCUCCGCCGCUUCCUUCCGACGCGCCGAGGUCGGCCUCCUCGCCCACCCCGAGCUGCGCGCUGUCCGCCGCGUCCUCGAUUCCAUGCGCUCCGACCCAGACAAGGCCUCAAGGCUGUAUGCGCACAUCCAUCCCGGGGCAGUGGAGGCCAUCAUGAAGUGGGUCACCAAGUGCCCGGAGUUCAAAUCCAAGAAUCGAGCACCACCUCGUUGCCGCUUCGAUCGCACCUACAUCGUAUCUCUUGGUCCUAGUUUCUGGGAAUGCAGAGGAAGGGGUCUGAAUAACAAAUCUGGCCGUCGAAUCCCAGCACACAUCCUUGCCCGUUGCUUUAUGCGAAGGAGCAGUGGAAGGUUUUGUAAAGAGUUCAGAUCAGGCAUCAUGUCCAAGAGAACUGCUGCGUCAAGCUCAGAAGGCUGAAACGUCAUCUGUUCUUGUUUGUUUAAUGUUGGUCACUUGGUCUUAACUGUAAGACUCUGCUGGUGACCCAAGCAGUCUAUAAGACUAUUUUAUUUUUA